GGCUGGGGCGGGGACGCGGGCCGAAGCCGCCGCCCGUGUGGCGCGCCGGGGCCCCGCUACUGUUCCCGGCGCCGCGCACUGGCCGGCGGGGCCGGGGACUGCCGGGGAGGCGGCGCCGGCCGGCGGGGCGGGGGCCCCGAAGUGGGUUUCGGGCAGCCGCCCGCGCUGGCACCGGGCGCAGAGGGUGGUGCACGGCGGACUCCGCGCCCGGGCACCGCACCGGGCAGUCUCCGGAUCUGCCGUUCUGCCCCGGCCCAGAAAACCCGGCGCCUUCCAGGCCCUUCGAAAGAUGGAUUCUGUUGACGUAUCUGGCGGCCCUGGCGAGCCUGGUGGAAAGUUGGGUUUUGCCAGAUUGCGCCGGGCUCCUCUUUGUGACGCGCGGCCAGCCCCGCAUCCCCCCGGAGCCGGGAAACCUGUUCAUCUGGGGAACAAAUGAAAAGCCAGUUUUCCAAGUGAUGCCGGUCGCUGGGGUGAGAACUCGGUUUGGUGGGCAGUUGGAGAAGAACUGCAAGAUACAUUUCAGAAUCUUGUAUCCAGAAUACAGAGUCCCUGAGACAGGACCAUCUGAACUACAAGAAAGAAAAAUCAAAGACUGGAAGGCACAGCUGCGUGCACACUGAGAUGUUCCUGUCCAUGAGGGAUGUUUCUGGAACGAUGAUGAUGAUGAUGAUGAUGAUGAUGAUGAUGACAGUGGCUGUGGUUGGCAGCGGGAAGAAGGAGCAGGCUUCCCAGGAAGAAUGAAGCAGUCAACUUGCAUAAGACCUGUCUUGACUUCUCUCCUUUGGGGAAAGAGGGCCACAUUAAGAAGGGUGGCAGGCUUGCGUGGACACAGAAUUCCACUGCCAAAUAGACAUCAUUUCUGAGAACUUCAGUGUUUAUGAUCCAGGUUUCCCAGUGAUUAAAUUACUCCUUGGGAGACCAUGCACCUUGCAAGGUUUGGGGGAUAGAUUGGUAACGACAAGGCAGUGGUGAUCUCUGCCCUUCCUUCUGGAGUACUUCGUAUGGCAAGAAAGGCCAAGUGGCAUCAGAGCUGAGUGAUGGACAACCUGCAGUCCCAGAACCUCUCCAUGGACAUGACUGACUCCCCUCCCGCCUUGGCUAAUAACAGACUGGAGAAUGGCAUGGCUCAGCUGAUCACCACUGAGGCCUGGAACAUCAACUCCACUGACCUGGUAAAGAAGGCCCUGGUGACCGUGCCAGCCCCAUCCAUUCUGAACCCCCCUGCCGAGUCUCAGAGUGGUAUGGCUCUGAAGGUGGCAGCCACUGUGUUGCAGCCCCUGUGCCUCGGGGAGAGCCCAGUGGUGAUGCCCAUUCACAUGCAGGUGGAGGGAAGCUCCGCACCAGAGCUCAACCCCAAUGGCAAUGCCACCUACGUCAUGACCACCCAGGGCCCUGUGCAACUGCCCGUGGUGCUGGAGCAGCACGUCUUUCAGCACCUCAACUCCCCUCUGGUCCUGCCGCAGGAGGCCCCAUGCUCCUCCAAUACCAUCCACAACAACCUCUUCCAGGGAGCGGAGGACCCUGAGGCCCAGCCCCAGCUCCUGGACCUGAGGAUCCCCAGCCAACCGCAGGAGCCCACUUUGCCAUUUGAAGCUGUGCUCCAGAAUUUGUUUCCCUCUCAGGGCACUCUCGGGCCCCCACCUUGUCAGCCUCCUCCUGGCUAUGCCCCUGUGCCCCCCCAGCCUUUUAGCUCCCCUUUGUCCCCCCUGGUCCCACCAGCCACCCUCUUGGUGCCAUAUCCUGUGAUCGUCCCCUUGCCUGUGCCAGUCCCUAUUCCCAUCCCCAUCCCAGUGCCUCAGAGUUCUGAAUCCAAGUUCAGCUCCAGUUUCCCCAAGCCACCAUCUUCCUUCGGCCUGCACCCCUUUAAAGGCACCCAGACCCCUCUGGAAAAAGAUGAACUGAAGCCCUUUGACAUCCUCCAGCCUAAGGAGUACUUCCAGCUCAGCCGCCACACGGUCAUUAAGAUGGGAAGUGAGAACGAGGCCCUGGAUCUCUCCAUGAAGUCAGUGCCCUGGCUCAAGGCUGGCGAAGUCAGUCCCCCAAUCUUCCAGGAGGAUGCAGCCCUAGACCUGUCAGUGGCAGCCCACCGGAAAUCCGAGCCUCCCCCUGAGACACUGUAUGACAGUGGUGCAUCAGUGGACAGCUCAGGUCACACAGUGAUGGAGAAACUUCCCAGUGGCAUGGAAAUUUCUUUUGCCCCUACCACAUCCCAUGAGGCCCCAGCCAUGAUGGAUAGUCACAUCAGCAGCAGUGAUGCCGCCACCGAGAUGCUCAGCCAGCCCAACCAUGCCAGCAGCGAGGUCAAGACUGAAAAUAACAUUGAGAUGGUGGGCGAGUCCCAGGCAGCCAAGGUCAUUGUCUCAGUCGAAGAUGCUGUGCCUACCAUAUUCUGUGGCAAGAUCAAAGGCCUCUCGGGGGUGUCCACCAAAAACUUCUCCUUCAAAAGAGAAGACUCCGUGCUUCAGGGAUAUGACAUCAACAGCCAAGGGGAAGAGUCCAUGGGAAAUGCAGAGCCCCUUAGGAAACCCAUCAAAAACCGGAGCAUAAAGUUAAAGAAAGUGAACUCCCAGGAAAUACACAUGCUCCCAAUCAAAAAACAACGUCUGGCCACCUUUUUUCCAAGAAAGUAAAUAACGGCUUUUUAAAAUUUGUAUGAUUAUAAUAUGGGGAAAGGUGCAUUGGUUUUAUAAAAAGGCAUUUAAAACAAAUUAUCUUUGUUAAUUAUUUUGGGGAGUAGUUGGGAAAUGGAAAGGUGAAUUGGCUCUAGAGGCCCUGUAUGCUAGUAUCAUUUUCUUUUUUAAUUUUUGACUUUUCACAAAUGAGUAAAUAAGAGCAACCUAUUUUUCAAGCGGAUUGCACAUUUUUUGCAGCUUUAAUGGAAUAUUGGGUGAAUUAGAGGGGUUAAAAAAAAGCUAUUUUCAUUGCCACAAAGUGCUUUGAUGAUGUAAUACCUAAUAAAGGGUAGGAUGAAUAUUUCACAAUAAAUGUUUGUUUGCACUAA